AUGGGCCUGAGGAAGCGCAUCGCAGUGUCGAUCGCACUAGGCUUGAGCACCCUGGUGUUUAUCGUCUUUAUAUACAAGCUGGCCAUAUUCGACCAACUAUUUGAGCAGCUGGCUCUGGACCCGACUUGUGAGUUCACAGGAUUUAUUAAUCCACCUUGGGCUAGCUUGCGAGAUCCGGUCCCGUAUCUCGACAUAUUAGGCGUCGAUGAAGGCUGCAUUCUCAUCAUAUGCGCCUCUCUGCCCACCUUGGGCCGUCAGGCACGGGCAACCAAGGGUAAGUUGAGUUCCACAGUCGGGGGGUCGAGCCGCCUCGUCCCCGGCGAAAGUGGCCAUGCUGGGAGUAACUGGUCAAAACCAAAAGGCCACAAACUCGGCAACGACGAUGCAGAGGGCGUCUCCAAUAUGCAUUCCAGCGUUGGACAUUCCCCUGGUUCAAGUGUCGACUCGGCACAAGAUCCCACAAGGAAUUCACAAAACAACGGAGUUUACCCUACAGACCGAAGAAGGACCUACCAAAACAACUAUAUAAAUGCCGUAGGAGUAAGGCGCUGCUUGCCAUCGUUUCGAAUGUAUAUCUUUGCCACCCAAGUCAUUUAUUUAUUCCCCCAAGUAUGUGUUGCAAUAACAUGUAUUUAAUGAUGCAUAAAUUCAAAUGUCUCAGCGGUUGCCGGUUUGACUGGUUUUUUGCAGCACGAUUCUACAGUAGACUAAUAAUCAGCUCACAAAGCGUUAAGGAAGAAUAACC